CUUGAGUUUCUUGAGGAAAUGGACUCGACCGGUAUUUCUGUUGAUAAUUAUUCUUAUAAAUGUCUCCUGGAAACAUGUGGAAAAAUGAAAAAURUAGUGGAUGGAAGACUGAUUCACGAGCACAUGCAGAGAACAGCUAGGAACCGUUCUAGGUUUCUCGACUACUGUCUUCUGCGAAUGUACUGUGAUUGUGGGAGUUUAUUAGAUGCACGGGAAUUGUUUGAUGAAAUGCCAGGAAAGGAUUCAAUUACUUGGGGUCUCAUGAUAUCUGCCUAUGCACAGAAUGGGAUAUUUGUUAAAGCUGUCAGUUUAUUUUCAGACAUGCAGGUAGCGGGGCAUGAAGUGAACCCAUCGGUUUAUGUUAGCUUGAUAAGGAAUAUUGUUUCCCCUUCAUGUUUGUUUCUUGGGAAGCAAAUACAUUCUUAUGCGAUUAGAACUGGGUCGAUCCCUAAUGUUUUGGUUGAAACUGCCCUUCUUAACAUGUAUGCAAAGUGUGGUUGCUUAGAAACUUCUGAGAUGGUUUUUGAUAACAUGGCUCAUAAGAAUGCUGUAACUUGGACAGGGUUGAUGAUGGGGUAUACUCAAGCUGGGAGACAGGAUGAAGCUUUGGAACUGUUUGUCAGAAUGCUAGUAGACAGCACUCAAUUGGAUGAGUUUGCAUUUUCAGUUGUUCUAAAAGCAUGUUGCGAUUUGGGGGACUUGGGUGUUGGAAUGCAGGUUCAUGGUUACAUUAUUAAAGUUGGUAUGGACGAUGAGGUUUCAGUGGGAACUCCUCUCGUGGAUUUUUAUGGAAAAUGUGGAAGUUUAGGGGAUGCUUGUCGGGCUUUCAAGAAGAUUUCUUACCCAAAUGAUGUAUCAUGGAGUUCGGUCUUCACUGCCUAUUUGCAAGUUGGCAAGUUCGAAGAGUCUCUUGAAAUUUUUAAAUUGAUAAGGAGCAAGGACAAGAAGCUGAAUUCUUUUAUUUAUACUAGCAUCUUUCAAGCAUGUUCAAUGCUUGGGGAUUUGAAUUUGGGGGUUCAAGUACAUGGCGAUGCCAUAAAGAGAGGCCUUGUUUCGGACCUAUAUGGGGAAAGUGCGUUGGUUACUAUGUACUCGAGAUCUGGCAAGUUAGAAUAUGCUCGUCAAACCUUUGAACUGAUACGGGAACCUGAUAUUGUGGCCUGGACUGCUAUGAUUGCUGCUUAUGCUUAUCAUGGUCAAGCUUCAGAAGCCUUGAGGCUGUUUUUGAAAAUGCAAGGCUUGGGUGUGAGACCCAAUGCUAUUACAUUUAUAGGCAUAUUCACUGCCUGCAGCCAUUCAGGAUUGGUCUCAGAGGCGAGGCGAUAUUUGAAUUCAAUGGCCAGUGAGUAUGGUGUAGAACCAAGUAUUGAUCACUACAAUUGCAUGGUUGAUAUCUACUCUCGUGCAGGUCUUUUGGAAGAGGCCCUUGAACUGAUAAAAACCAUGCCAUUUGAACCUGAUGCUAUGAGUUGGAAAAGUUUACUGGGUGGAUGCUUCAUUCACCGUAAUGUCAAAAUCGGGAAACAUGCAGCAGAAAACCUCUUUCAACUCGACCCUGAAGAUAUUGCAGGUUAUGUUCUCAUGUUUAACUUGUGUGCUUCUGCUGGUAAAUGGGAUGAGGCAGCCCGAAUUAGAAAAGUGAUGGCUGAAAGAGAUUUAAAGAAGGAUGUUGGUUGCAGCUGGAUUACUGUUCGGGGAAAGUUACACAGAUUUAUUGUGGGUGAUAGACAUCACCCACAAACAGAAGAAAUCCACUCCAAGCUAGAAGAGGUGAGUCGUUUGGUUUUUAAGCAUCACAAGAUUGAAUACCCCAGUCUUGACGAUGCACUGUAUGUAUUGCCAAAAGAGAGAAAAGAGCAACUUCUUGACCACAGUGAAAGGCUUGCAAUUGCUUUUGGGCUAAUAUCCUUGCCUAGUAAUGUCCCUAUUUUGGUCUUCAAAAACAUGCGUGCUUGUAAAGACUGCCAUGAAUUUGGAAAGCAGGUAUCUAAUAUUACAGGUCGCGAAAUUAUUGUUAGAGAUUCAAACAGAUUUCAUCAUUUUAAGGGUGGGGAAUGUUCUUGCAAUGAUUACUGGUGAAACACUAGAUCAGCCCUCCAGGCUAACAUUACAAGCUACAUGACUAUCCAGUUUUGCAUUUUCUGGUGAGUUCAAAUUUGCCAUUUCUAUGAUAAUUCCUUGUAUCCUUUGGAAAUUAUUUGUAUAUUAUCAAUUGGGAUGUUUGGUUAACAAUGGAAAAUUUUGGCGCCAUGAAGACCGUGGCUACAUUCUCCAUAGCUUCUACAUCAACAAAAUGUUUUUGUGCAAGACUUGUACUUUCUAGAGAAUCUAAUCAUUGUUCGUGUUGACGUAAUAGGAGUGUGUUUGUUGCCAAUGCUUCUAGAGUGACAAAAUUCAUACGUUGGCACAUUUGUGCAAGGUUCUUUCUGGUCUACCAAAGCAACCUAGUGUCAUUGUAGGUGUUAGACAGUGUAUGCCCUUAGUUUUAUUCAGAUUGAUGUACAGAUACA